AUGCUUCGGCUACUGCAAUUAAAGCCUAAUGUGAGUAUUUCUCGAAAGAAUAGUUUCAAAAUAUUUCAAAGUACCCAAAGUGCCCAAUGGCCCGGCUCCUCUUCUGGUUUUACCGACCAAUAUGCGUUGUAUCCCCAGGAUCCUAGCGUGGAAAGUACGGCACGACACUACGUUCAACAAUCAGAGCGGGAUCUUCUGGACGACGAUGAGGAAUCUGAUAUUCCCGAUGGUGGUUUACAAGCAUACUUGGCGCUACUGGGAUCCUUCGUGGGUCUCUUGCCGAUCUGGGGGACAAUGAAUUCUCUGGGUGCCAUAGAAGGAUAUAUUUCCCAGCACCAACUGGCGUCCAGUUCGUCGUCUGGUGUGUCGUGGAUUUUCUCUCUCUACUUGACUUUGUUCUGCGCCAGUUGCGUCUUCACAGGCGCGUAUUUCGAUCGAAAUGGCGGGUUUCUUCCCCUCUGUGUUGGGUCUGGAUUGUUUGUUAGUGGACUGGUGGCCACUGCCAAUUGUCAGACUAUUUGGCAGUUUGUGCUGGCGUUUUCUGUGCUCACAGGAGUGGCCACGGGUGUCUUGACGACACCGCUUAUCGGCUGUAUCGCCACCUGGUUUUCGCGGAAACGAGGGAUGGCCGCCAGUGUCGCCGCCAUGGGCGGCUCGUUGGGAGGAGUUAUUUUCCCGUUGAUGCUGAAGAAUCUGUACGGCGAGGUUGGAUUCCCGUGGGCAAUUCGCAUUCUGGCCCUGGUAUGCCUGGUGCUUUUGGUCUUCGCAUGUACGUUUGCUCGGGAAAGGAGCAAACCGGUGGCCAAACCGUUCAACUCUCGCACUGAUAUGUUCCGUUUUUAUGUGACAGGGGCCUUGAACGUAAGGUACUUCUUGGACCGGAAAUAUCUGUUGACCACUUUAGCCUUCUCUCUCUCCGAGAAUUCGAUAAUGGCUGUCAACACCUACAUUGCGUCGUAUGCGAUAGCUAGGGGCCACUCUGAAAGUGAGGCGUUCACGAUUGUCACAGUUUCCAAUGCAGUGCAAAUGAUCGGUCGCUACAUACCGGGUUACAUUUCCGACAAGUAUUCCGGAAGGUUUAACACUGUUAUCGUGAUGACGUUCGUGACGGCGGUACUGAAUUUGGUGAUGCUGCUGCCCUUUGGCGGUGUUCCUGGAGUGCUAUGGGCUUACGUCUUGUUGUUUGGAUUUGCUUCUGGGUCUGUCAUGGCAAUGACCGCGGUGUGCAUUGCGCAGAUUUCCAGGACAAGCGAUUUUGGGAAACGCUACUCUACGUCCUACGUUCUGUCGGCCUUCAUGACUUUGCCCAUCAUUCCUAUAUGUGGUACGUUGAUUGGUGACCGUUCUGUCGCCGAGUUCAACAGAUUUAUUUUGUUUGCGUCGGGACUAACGCUAGCGGGAGCAGCUUGCUACUUGGGCGCGAGGGUGCUCGCCGUAGGUGUGAAGCUCAAGAAGUUUUAG